CUGAGCAGAAAGCAGGAAGUGGGACCAAAACAAAGGAGCGGCUGCCCCGAGCGGACCUGCUUUCCGCCUCCCUUCCGCGCGCGUCCCCCAGGCCGCCCACCCCCGAGGAGCCGCCCGACCAUGUCCAACAUGGAGAAGCACCUGUUCAACCUCAAGUUCGCGGCCAAGGAGCUGAGCAGAAGCGCCAAGAAAUGCGACAAGGAGGAGAAGGCCGAAAAGGCCAAAAUCAAAAAGGCCAUUCAGAAGGGCAACAUGGAAGUGGCGAAGAUCCACGCCGAGAACGCCAUCCGCCAGAAGAACCAGGCCGUGAAUUUCCUGAGGAUGAGUGCGCGGGUCGAUGCGGUGGCCGCCCGGGUCCAGACGGCCGUGACGAUGGGCAAGGUGACCAAGUCCAUGGCCGGGGUGGUGAAGUCGAUGGACGCGACGCUGAAGACCAUGAACCUGGAGAAGAUCUCCGCCCUGAUGGACAAGUUCGAGCACCAGUUCGAGACGCUGGACGUCCAGACGCAGCAGAUGGAAGACACCAUGAGCAGCACGACGACGCUGACCACUCCCCAGAGCCAAGUGGAUAUGCUGCUCCAGGAAAUGGCAGACGAGGCCGGCCUGGACCUCAACAUGGAGCUGCCGCAGGGCCAGACCGACUCCGUGGGCACCAGCGUGGCCUCGGCGGAGCAGGACGAGCUGUCCCAGAGGCUGGCCCGCCUGCGAGAUCAAGUGUAACGCCCGGGCGCCCUCGGAGGCUUCCUGGCAGUGGCCCCCUCUGAAAUGCUCUCUGUGUCUUAGAGAGAGAUUAUCACACACUACAUAACCUUGGAAUAUGCCAGAAUGCCGAAACGCUCCUAAGAUGCUUCUGCCUUUGGGUUUACAGCGCACUCUCGGUACAUUAAGAAGUUCCAGGCUUUCUCCGCCCUUAACUGGAUUUUAAAGUUCUGUAUAUCUUGUGAUAAUGUGUAUUUUUAUAGCUGCCUUUUAACAGGACUAGCUAACUUGGUGUAUAUGAGUCUUCCUCAAAAGUUUUAUCAAAUCUCUAGUUCCUGUGUAUUCAGUUUUCUGCCUGAACUAUCAAAGUUGAAGUUUAUUCUGACUUUAGUGUAAUUGUUGAUGAUAUAUAAAAUUGAAAUGUGGUACAUGAAAAGAAAAUGAUUACUUUGAUUGCAGGGUUAUCAACACCUCAUUCAACUUAUUUAAUAGACAGUGCCAUUUCUAUGUAUCCUUUGUGUGUUUUUUUGCCAUCAAAAUGAGACUACAGUUGGCUCUUCAUCUGUUUCAUAACUUACAUUAAAAUUACCUUAGGACAUUCUUGUGUAAUACGCUUUUACUGUUUACAUGCUGUAAAAUUUUUUUUAAGAUUUAUAAGGUUGAACAUAUGACAGUUUCUUUCAAAUGAACUUCUCUAACAUUUCUAGUUAUUUUCCUAUCUCACCACUUUAAUUACAUUUCUUAAAAAUGUUAAUUAGCGUGGCAGCCACAUUACUCACUCCAACGUUGCCAAAGAACUAUUGAUUGGUUUGAGAAAACCCUGGGACUGUGUGUUUGUAGGUUUUGUUUUGGUUUUAACAACCAAAAAUAGAGUUACAAUUAGAACAGCUUUUUAAGUUCAACUUAUUUGCAUUUAUUACGUUGCUCUUAAAACAAUUAUUUAAAAACUUUGGAAAUGUGAGUUGGAAUGUUUUACGUAGCCAUGUAGCCAGAAUGAAGUCAGGGAGGAAGAAGAGAUGCAGGAUGGGAAAGCAUGCUUGACCCUCUGAGGCUGGGACUCCCCUGUGCUGCCUUCCAUCCUUCUGGAAUAGCAGGGUGCAUUUUCUAGCUGAAAAGGAAAUCCUGUAGCCAAAACUUUGUUAGCCUCAAAACGCGAAGAACACCAGUUUGCUUUUGCCUUGACAAGUCUGUUAACCUAACAUGAAUACUUAUGGGUAUUUUAAAUUCCUCUUUUCCUUCCCUGGAAGAUUUCUUCAUAAAAGAAUACCAGUGUUUCAGAAAAGUAACUAUAGGGACUCUCCCAGCCCUUUUGAAGGAUUCACUGUUAUGACAUGUUUUCCAGUGUAACUGCGUGUGUUUAAGGGGAGAAAAAAGCACAUAUAAAUAAAUGGGAACUGCCCCUUAAAUUUAAGUGUCUUUAUAUCGGACUGGUUGUUGUUCUGAAGCCUUUUCUAAGGGGCCCCUGUCCGUUGUCAGCCCCACAUGUUUGUAGAACUCCCUUCUUUGGAUGUCUCCUCUCCACGUGGUUGCACAGAGGCACCUGUGUGAGUACAGCAUGAGUUGUAACCCCUCUUUGGCUGGAACAAAUAAUUAAAACUUUGAAAAGAGCUUAGUGUUGAGUCCUUUGGUAAAUUGAAGACCCUUUCGUAAUAGAAAUGUUCCCAACAAUAUUCAUAUAUUUUGUGAGAUUAAACAACUCUUGAAUAAGCUUGAACUUUCUUAAAAUGUGUUCAUUUUAAACUAUAUGGAUGCACAUUGUUAGGAACCAUAAGUAUUUUUUCAAAAGCAUAUUAGGCCCAUGAAUUUCCUUAUUUUUGCAGUUGAUGAAAUAUUGAAGUGUAAACCAAGAAGUUUAUCAAAUAAAUAAUCUUAAACAGCAUGUUA